CAUUGGUGUGCGGCCCGGAGGCUCGCCAGAGCCGCUUCCCGGGAUUCUUGAGGGAGCUUGUCCUGGGGCGCAGAUGGAGGGAGCCACGGUUCGGCUGCUGCGCGGCCGCGCGCUGCUAAGAAGAAACUUCCCAAUUUGCCUGUCUUCCUGGAAAAAUCCUCCUCAUGUCCUAAAAUCUUCCCAGUCAGAAGCUGGACUCAAAACAACAAAUAAGGCACAACCCUAUGCCCCUCUGCAAACAUUUACAGAUGAGGAGAUGAUGAUAAAGAGCACAGUUAAAAAAUUUGCCCAGGAACAGAUUGCUCCUUUGGUUUCAAAAAUGGAUGAAAAUUCAAAAAUGGAAAAAUCAGUAAUACGAGGAUUAUUUCAACAAGGGUUGAUGGGUGUUGAAAUUGACACCAAAUAUGGAGGAACAGGAGCUUCAUUUUUUUCCUCUAUCCUAGUGAUAGAGGAAUUAGCCAAAGUUGAUGCGUCUGUGGCUCUGGUAUGUGACAUCCAGAACACGAUAAUUAACAGGCUAAUUGGAAAAUACGGAACAGAAGAACAGAAGGCUAUCUAUUUGCCCAAGCUAGCUACAGAACAAAUGGGAAGUUUCUGCCUUUCAGAGGCUGGAGCAGGUAGCGAUUCAUUUGCUUUGAAGACCAAAGCUGAUAAAAAGGGAAAUUAUUAUGUCAUCAACGGGUCAAAGAUGUGGAUUAGCAAUGCCAAGGAUGCCGGACUCUUCGUGGUGAUGGCAAAUGUAGACCUUACUCUUGGGUAUAAAGGAAUUACCUGCUUCUUGGUAGAUCGUGAUACUGAGGGCCUUCAUAUAGGGAAACCAGAGAAUAAAAUGGGAAUCAGAGCUUCUUCUACCUGCCCAUUAACGUUUGAAAAUGUCAAGGUUCCAGAAGCCAAUAUCCUGGGACAAAUUGGACAUGGCUAUAAGUACGCCAUCGGGGGUCUUAAUGAAAGUAGAAUAGGAAUUGCUGCACAGAUGCUGGGACUGGCUCAAGGAUGUUUUGACCACACUAUUCCAUAUAUUAAAGAAAGGGAACAAUUUGGCAAAAGAAUAUUUGAUUUUCAGGGGCUCCAGCACCAAGUGGCUCACAUGGCCACCCAGCUAGAAGCUGCAAGAUUACUCACAUACAACGCUGCAAGGCUUUUAGAAGCUGGAAGGCCAUUCAUUAAAGAAUCAUCUAUGGCCAAGUACUAUGCAUCAGAGAUUGCGGGCCUAAUAACUGGCAAAUGUAUCGACUGGAUGGGAGGAGUAGGCUACACCAAAAAUUACCCCAUGGAAAAAUACUUCCGAGAUGCGAAGAUUGGUACAAUAUAUGAAGGAACUUCAAAUAUGCAGCUGAACACCAUUGCAAAGCGCAUAGAUUCAGAAUACUGACAGCCACGGGAGUAGGACCCCUCCCUGGUGUCACUGGUGUAAAAUUUUAAACUAUUGUGCCUUGUUGGGGGCUGCAUUGAAUGAUUUUAUUUAGGCCCUUCACCUUGGAUCUGGAGGUAGACCUUUCCUGUCUCCUCUUUCCAAUCUGCUUAACUUAGGUGCAGAAAAUCAUUUUUAAAUUUUGGGAAGAAAUGCAUCCAUAUUUUCUCCAAAACUGUUUUUAAAACUCUAUGUGCAUUAUCAUUUUAGCUUCAGGGUAUAUAGAAUUUCACUGUAUUGGAAUUUGGAAAAAUAAAGACAAUAUAAGUAUUUCUUGCAGACAUGGGUAUUUUAUAUCCCUGUCAUUGUGCAUCAGUCAGAGAGACGUUUGUGAUAGUUGGCAAUUCUAUAGAAGAAAUAGAUUCGAUUCUAAGUUGCUAAACUAGGUAGCAACUGAUAAAAAUUUAUUUAGAAAAAUCUAAAAGUUUUAGUUCUGAAUAUCUGAAAAUGAGUGGAAAAUGGAGGGUAUAACUCUGUAGUUUAUAUAAUCAAAGAAAGCAUUUCAACAAAGUAAAGCAAUAUAAUUUGCUACUAUAAUUGACCAGUAUGAAAGGUGCAUUUCAU